GUUGGCGAGGAUGGGUUUGCCGACUACGUCACCGCACGCGAUGCUGCUGGAGGUGGCGCAAAUUGCGAGGGCUAUUCAGUGGUCUACAUCUGACUACGUAAACUUCCCGGCGCGGUUCACCGUCCCUGACGAGGCACCGUGGCCCGUGUCUCUUCAUGGACGCACAAUUCAGGUGGCGCGUGUCCGCAAGCAGUUCAAAGAUGGUGUACUGCCGGCUCUCGUCGUCGACGCUCUCAAUAAUCUCGGGUUUGUCUGGGAUGCCAAACAGCACAACUGGACCUUGCGCGUCUUGGCGCUGAAGACGUACAAGGCAUUGUUUCACAACCUCUUGGUGCCUUACGAAUAUGUCGUGCCACAUCAUACGUCUCCAUGGAGCCGAGACUUGUGGGGGUGCAAACUUGGUGUUGCCGUGACCAAUAUCCGCUCGCGCGUGCAUCAGCUAUCCGACGAGCGUAAAGCCGAGCUGGACGCACUUGGCUUUGUCUGGGACUCCCAUGAACUCACAUUUGACAUCAAAGUAAUGGCUUUGCAAACGUACAAGCAACUCCACGGCCAUGUCCACGUGCCGUUCGAGUUCCGAGUGCCAGAUAACCACGACGUAUGGCCUGCGCGAUGUUGGAAACUCAAGCUGGGGCGCGCUGUCCAUGAUCUGCGAUGCCGAGGGGACCAUUUGGCGCAGGAGCGACGCGACGUGCUGGAUUCACUGGGGUUUGUGUGGGACAGCCAUGAGCUUAACUGGGACAUGAAGCUCCAAGCGCUCAAGAUAUUCAAACAAGUUUUUGGCACUCUCGUGGUUCCUCAAGACUUUGUUGUGCCGUCCGCCGCGCCAUGGCCCGAACGAGCGUGGUCGAUGAAGCUAGGUCAAGCCGUCACGAACAUGAGGUUUCGCGCCGACUCGAUGUCAGCCGAACGGCACGCACAGCUAGAAGCAAUUGGGUUCAUAUGGGACUACCCUGAACUGCGUGUUGACGCAAGUGUGCUGUUGCAGAUCAAGGCCUCGACACCGAGCGAGUUUGACAAAGAAAACAGCAACGCUCUGCAUCGGUCAAAGGAAGACAUCCUUUGCAGUAACUACGAUGCACAUACGCCCAAGGAAGCAGCGCUGAGAGGCGUGUCAUGGCGCUCGUCGCCUUGACGAUCUUCGAUGUUUAUCCCACUUCUUGCCGGCCGUGCUGUUUCUGUUUCGUUAAUAAAUGAGAAUCAUUUUUCG